GGUACGCUCUUGAUCACGCUGGCGAUGUGCCGUCUUCGCGGCGAUCUGAUUGUCCUUUUAGUGAUCGUCUUGGCGGAUGUUCAACACGCCAUGAUGAGAAUUGCCCGUGAGAAUCACUUCAAGUGCGGAUGUCCGGCAGCGUCGCAGAGACAGCCGCGAUCGAUCGUCGUCUCGCCGUCGAGCGUCCGGAUGCUGAAGGACGGUGUCUCAUCCUCGACCAUUAGCACUACCGGUCGUAUUUUCAACGGCAAGCCCAGCAGACGAGGAUCCUGGCCCUGGCAGGUGUCUCUUCAGCUGCUGCAUCCGAAACUCGGUUUUAUCGGCCACUGGUGCGGGGGUGUGUUAAUCGAUCCGAGAUGGGUGAUCACCGCCGCUCACUGCAUUCACAACGAACUGUUUAAUCUGCCGAUCGGUGUAUUGUGGACGGCUGUGGUUGGCGAGUGGGAAAUGGACUCUGGCGGACGCGGAUCUGCCCGGUUGCCCGUUGAAAAAGUGAUUCUUCACGAGAGAUUCAAUAAUUACAUUCACGAUAUCGCUUUAAUGAAGCUUGCCAGACCGGCGCCGUUGUCCAAAGUCGUUCGCACCAUCUGUCUGCCCGAUGCCAGGGAAGAUCUCGGCGAAAGGAAAUGUAUGGCAUCCGGCUGGGGACGAUACGGCCCCUCGCCUUCUCUCUCGACCGCCCUUCUGGAGGCCAGCGUUCCUCUUCUAGAUCUGGAGGACUGUUUACAAGCUUACGGCACUUCGGUGCCCAUAAAGAACGGGCACCUCUGCGCCGGUCACACCGACGGUUCCUCCGGAAGUUGCGUGGGCGACUCCGGGGGUCCUUUGCAAUGUCGUCGCGCCGACGGCGUCUGGCAGCUGGUCGGCGUCACAUCCUUCGGCUCCGGUUGCGCCAGGCCGGGCUAUCCGGACGUGUACACCAGGAUACAGCACUAUCUGAACUGGAUCAAUAAGACCAUCGACGCCAAUAACGACGACGAGAAGUGGUAAAAUUCAUUCGUGUAAAAAUAUCGAUACUGUAAUAUAUUAUUGUACAGCGCUAACGUAUAGCUUUUGUAUAUAAUGUAUUUUAUAUGCGUUUAUUGUACAGUGUGCUUGCGUUUAUAAAGAAGAGAAUAAAAAUUAUUUAUGUUUUAUCACAUAUACGUACAUCACACACCUUACAUCAAUGUUUAAAAAUUUUUCUAUCAUAUUCCCGCGUGAUUAAAAAAAAGCUGUAAAUUAUUUAACUUUGGUUAUCUUACUUCAUUUAUUUUAACGAAAUCAUAAUGUGCGUUUGUUUAUAUCCACAAGUAGGGAUCUAAUAGAAAAUACUCUUGUGUGCGCGCAUUUGUUAAAAUAAUACUCUUACAUCGCGUUUCUUAUAAACAUUUUCUGUACAUUUGUCUUAUUUAUAUAAUAUAUAGGUCACGCACGUUGAAACUCCGACAUUAUAGAUAAUAAACGGACGAUAGAAAGCAGAGGAAAUUGGAAGUGGCGUGUAAACUCUUCUUGCAACAGAAUUCGCUCGCGAUGAUAAUCGCUGUGCGUACAUAUGUGUGUGUGUCUAUUUGCAUACUAUAAUUAUACAGCUAUUCGCGUAAAUGAAUCUCGAAUCGAAUAGAAACAUCUUGAUCGAAUUACAAACCGGAUGAUGUGAGUUUUCUGUGUGUGUUGUGUGAAGAUGAUUUUCUUGCGAAAAUAUUCUCCUUUCCGGAAUAUUAGCCGUCGCGCGGACAGCUAAAACUUUCACAGAUUGCUCAUUCAGCCGGAAAAGACGAGAGAUGCGAUCUUGUUUUAAAAUCACGUAAAUUACGUCGGGGAGAGAAAGAACAUGAAUUUCUCUAUUUAUCGCUCGAAAUUCACAUCGGGCUUAAAAACUUAACAAAGUAAAUCGACUCGAUGAUCGCGCGAAAAUUGAUGAGCGUCGAGACGAUAUUUCGAGAAUUGAAAUCCGAAACGCAAUCCGAAUUUGCGUUUGAUUGAUAUUUUCUGAAUUGAUUGAAAUAAAAAUUUAUUAUUGAGAGAAUUAUAUUAUCUCUUCCCGAAAUAAUAUCGAAGUUCAGAACUGCUGCGACGCGACGUGGUUUAAUAAUACAAAGCGUGUGUGGAAGCGGACGAUGAGAAGUUGGAGAAUAUUGAUUCGCGGAAGACACACGCGACAUACCGUGAGAACACAUUCGAUUACGGAAGGGGAAACCGUAAUUAACCUUAAUUAUUAAUUGCAGAUGUACGGAGAGCACUACUGCGUAGGUCGGUGCGAGUCUCAUUUGUCUGCUGUUAAACGGAAGACGAAACGCACAAUCCGAAACUCAUUAUUAGAGAGAAGAUUGUGUACAUUUUACAUGAUACAAAGUGUAAUCCUGCGAAGAUACGUACAAUUUUCAAUAUCGCGCAAUAUAUAUUUUCGAUUAAUAUUAAAAAAAAAAAAACAUGCAAUUUCAACAAGCAAUUUCCGUACGUUCUGCGCGUAAUUUUCAUCAAAGUUCCAACCGAGGCGCACGCCGAACAAAAUCUUAAGAUGGAAAGUAAAAUUCUUGUUUCUUUUUUUUUAAACUAU